UGAAGGAGAAUUGUUGAAUGAAGAAAAAAGAAGAUAAGGUAGAGUCAAAACAAGGGGAAUUAAUAAGAUAAUGUGGCUAAACUGCUUCAUGCUUUUCCACAAACGAAAGUCAAACUUCUCCUAAUUUCUCUGUUCCAUAAUCCAAAUCCUUCACAAUCUGGAUUGAAGAAUUUGUAUUCGUGAAAACAAGCUCUUUAUCCUUAUUCUUCUGUAUAUACUCUCACCAGUAGUAAAUCAAAUAGCGAAGAAAUUUGAGAUUGGGAUUGUUGCAAUGGCAGAAGCAGUGGUGACAAUUGCUCUAGCAACCUUGCGUGAUUUGUUAUUGGAACAAGGAAGGUCUUUACCUGGUGUGGGCGAUGAACUGAGGGAGCUCGAGACGCAGCUCAAAGAGAUGAAGUGUCUCCUCGAAGAUGCUGACAGGAGGCGACAUGAAAGCAGAACUAUUUUGAAUUGGAUCUCGGAUAUCAGAGAUCUUGCGUACAGAGCCGAAGCUGCCAUUGAAAGACACGCAGCUUAUCAAGCGUCUUCAAGGAGAAGACGAGGCCUCCGACAGCUCAGCCGUAGUUUGAAACAAUACAAGUUGCUCCACCAAUUGGGCUCGGAGAUUUCACCGAUCAAAUCCUGCCUUGAAAGGAUAAACAAGGAAAUGUUAGAAAGUGGCAUAAAGAAGAGCAUCAUCAACAAUCAAGAUGAAGGGGCCAACAACAGGGCAAGGAAGACUUUCCCCGAAUUUGAGAUCGGGGACUGUUUUGUGGGGAUGGAGAAUGAGCUGAAGCAGCUUGGUGAUCUCCUAAGGCAAGACAAAGAGGGUAGAGUUAUUUCAGUGUGGGGAAUGGGGGGAUCAGGCAAGACCACCAUUGCCAAAAAGCUCUACAACGAGAGCAGCUUUGAUCGUUCGGCAUGGGUUUGCAUCACUCAACAAUGUCAGUUUCGAUCAGUUUGGGAGGAUGUUCUCAAGCAGCUAGAGCAUCAAAACAGGAAGGCUGUGAGCGAUGUUGCAAGUCUUAACGAGUCGGAGUUGAAGGAGCGACUAUGCGAGAUACAAAGAGAGAAGCGAUGUCUCAUUGUUUUGGACGAUCUUUGGGAAUCUUCUGACUGGGAUAUGUUGAAGCAUCCAUUCCUUGUCCAUGAUUUGCAGAGCAAAAUCUUGGUUACUACACGGGAGCGAAAGGUUGCAGAGAUUGGAUUCCCAUUAGAACUUGGACGUCUAAACGUGGAACAUGCUUUGGAACUACUUAAGAAGAAAGCCUUUCCCCGUGCCAACAUUACAGAUUUUGCAUUGGAAGAAAAUUUUGAGAAAAUUGGGAAAAAAAUGGUGGAGAAAUGUGGGUAUUUGCCAUUGGCAAUUUCUUUACUGGGCGGGGUUUUGAGAAUGAAAAAUUCAAUGAAGGAGUGGGAGUUAGUAAAUGAGGAUAUCAAAGAAUUCAUAUAUAGAGAUGAGAAGGAGAUUGAUAGAGUGCUAAAUUUAAGCUAUGAAAGUCUACCUUAUUAUUUGAAGCCUUGUUUUCUCUAUCUGGGUAUAUUUGAAGAGGACGAAGAUAUAGAUGUUGACGAUCUAUAUAGUAGAUGGAUAGCACAAGGCAUGAUUUCAUCUGAGAAUAUUCAAGACAAGGAUAAAACUUUGAUUGAAAUUGCCGAGCUCUACUUGGGUGAGUUGGCCUCCAGGUCCAUAGUCCAAGUCGAAAUUUACAAUGGUGUCACACCUACAAUAAAAUAUAAGACGUGCAAACUUCAUGAUGUUGUAAGAGAACUAUGUUUGAAACUGGGGAAAAUGGAGGAUUUUGGUGUGUUGAGUUUUGAGUAUCAAACUGGGAAACUUAGUGCAAUCCUGCGACAUAUGAAAAUACGACAUUUGGCUAUCCAUUUCAGAAAAGAAGUCCAAGUCGAACCUGACGAGCUUGGAGAAGAUAGUAGCAAACAUUUAAGGUCUCUUCACAUGUUCAAUCAAAGAAUUUCUGUUGAAUUUCCCCCACAAAGUAUUGUUGAUUUCCAGAAAUUCAAACUAUUGAGAGAUCUAAUUAUGGUGGGAUUCAAAUUCAGAGGAAGAAAGUUACCGAAAGGAAUCACUAAUCUUGUUCACUUGAGACGUUUGCGUUUACAACAAUGUGAAUUCGAUAAGCUACCAUCGUCCAUAAAGAAUUUGGUGUACAUGGAUACCCUUGAUUUAAGUCGUUCGAGGAAUGUUGAAGUACCAAAUGUUUUCAAGGAGAUGCUAUGUUUAAAACACUUAUUUCUUCCCGAUUAUGAGAAGGAAAAUAUUGGAAGUUAUCGAUUAACCAUGGACAAAGGAGUGGUUGAGUUGGAGAGCCUAUGUCAGUUGGAUAGUAGAGUGCAUGAAUUAAAAUGCAUCAAUAGAAUGAAGAAUCUGCGACGUUUUGAAGCACGCAUACAUGACAAUGAAAGCUUGUCAGCCAUCAUCGACGCCAUUGCUACUAUGGACAAGUUAGUGCAUUGUAUGUUUGAUAUCAGAGAGGAUUGCGAGUUAGGAACAAAUGAAGGAGUGUUGAAAAAGGCAUUGACAUGUCCCAAUCUUCAUGUCUUGUCGAUUACAGUUAAGUUAGGGAAGGUAUUGGUGGAUUGCGAGCUUGACUUCAUGAGCUCAAAACUUACGCAUUUGCACCUGUUAGAAUGUGAGAUUGAGGAUGAUCCAAUGGGGAUACUAGGGAAGCUUCCUUGCUUAACAUAUUUGUAUUUAGGGAGGAAAUCAUUUGUCGGGGAGGAGAUGACGUGUCCAUCAAAUACUUUUCCUCGACUCGAGAUGCUUGUGCUAUCUCAAUUAACAAAGUUGAGGGGCUGGCAAGUAGAUGCAGGAGCCAUGCCCCUUCUCUCUCAAUUACAGAUCUAUAGGUGUUUAAGUUUGAAGAUGCUUCCAGAUGGAUUGAGUAGCAUUUCUACUCUUCGAAAACUGGUGAUCUAUGGAAUGCUGGAAUUGGGGAAGAGGGUAUCAUCAGCAUCAGGAGAGGAUUUCCACAAAGUCGCCCAUGUCCCUUCAAUUAUCAUCCAAGACGAUGGCUAGUCUAGUCUCAACCUGGGUAAUGCUUGCACUAAUCUCAUUCUCAAUUCCCAAUUUUUCCGUUUGAACUGUAGUUUUUUUGUGUUUGGUUUGGAUUAUAAGAUUGAUAGGAUUGGAAGGGUGAUUAAAUAAUCCAAACAAUCACUCAUUUGGGUGAUCAGAUACAGGCCAAGUUAUCAAUCACGGGCUCAAUCAUGCAAACCAAACACUUGAUUAAAGUGGAUUAUUUUAUCAAUCAUGCCUUAUCACUCAAACCAAACGCCUCCUAAAAGAUAAGUACUUCGAUUUUAAUAAAGCUCAAUCUAAGCAUGUCUCUGUUUUUUUUUUUUUGCUUUAAUCACUUUUUGAAAUAAUUGUGUAUAUAUUUCUUUUGUAUGUGGCUUCAUGCCUGACAUUCUUUAUAAUAUUAAUCCGAUUGAAUUUGGUAAUUCUGGACAA